AUGGGAAAAAUCAUUGUUUACGAGCAUGCUAACUUCCAGGGCAUGUCCAAGGAAUUCCACACCAACAUUGCCAACCUCAAAGAUGCAGAUUGGAAUGAUUGUAUCUCCUCAGUGAGAGUAAUCGGCCAUCCUUGGGUGGCUUAUCAGCAUGCAAACUAUAAAGGACAGUUACUGGUCCUUGAGGAGGGAGAUCAUGACUUUGUUGGCAAAAAGAUGAACGACAGGAUCAGUUCUCUGCAAGUGAUCACUGAAAAUCUGCACAACCCCGAGAUCACUCUCUAUGAACAUGCUGAUUACCAAGGGAAGAGCAGAAUAAUAAGAGAAGCAACCAAUCUGGCUAGGGGACAUGACAAUGACAGCACAUCUUCCCACAAAGUCCAGAGAGGUGUCUGGCUGCUGUGUGAAAACAGCGAUGGAAGUGGAUUUCAGUACAUUGCACGAGAACACGAGCACCUUCCAAAUUAUAAGGCAAUCAAGUUCAACGACAAGCUUUCUUUCCUGCGUCCACUUCGCCCUGGCUGUGGCUGUUAGAAUGCAAAUCCUGCAGCGCAGAGAAAAG